AAUGCUGCAAACUAUCUCUGUCUACCAGGUCCUACAAAAUGCUUUCCAGUGGGCACUGUGAAUAAUAUCUUGAAGGAUGUAGUCACAAGUUAUCUUCAAGAAGAAAAAUAUGAAGCAGAAUUGUGCAGGCAAAUGACAAAGACAAUCUCUGAGGUAAUUAAGGCUAGGAUAAAAGACCUGAUGAUACCAAGACACAAAAUUAUUGUGAUCAUAUAUAUUGGACAACUAAAGAAGCAAAGCAUACAGAUUGGAAGCAGGUGCCUCUGGGAUACUACAAGUGAUACUUUUUGCUCAUACUCCUUCAAAAAUAGGUCUUUGUUUGCUCUAGCAAAUGUCUAUGCUGUUUACUCUGAGUAACAAGAGAAAAUUCUAUGUGGAACUGAGGAGCCCAAGCACAGAGCUGGAUAUCAUUGUUAUUUUUUAUUUUUGUUCCAAUACUUUGUACAGCCACCUGAGAGUAAGCUUCAUUGAACCCAUUGGGACCUGACUCUGAUCAAACCUGCAUAGAAUUACUCUGUAUUGUGGGUUUGCUAAACAGAGUACAGUACUCCUGUCUGUGUACACUAAGGAUUAUAAUUACUUUUCAGAAAACAAGGUUUAAUAUCUCUUGUGCAAUUCAUCAUGUACUCAUUCCCAGGAAAUAAUUUAGUACCCCCAGUGCUAUAUCAUUGAUGUUACAGUUAGUUCUCCAUAUCCACAAAUUCUGUAUCCAUGGAUUCAGCUAUCCACACUUUGAAAAUGUUUUUUUAAAAAAAUAAAUCCAAAAGGCAAA